AUGGCACCCGAACUCCCACGCCAGAAGCGAAGGGCUGAAAGUAUCGACAACCUCUCACGGGAUUCUCCUGACGCUGCCUCCCGAAAGGCGCGCAAGGUUAGCCGCGCUUGUGACUUUUGCAAGUCCCGGAAGGCCAAGUGCACCGGCGACCAGCCAUGCGCAAAGUGCAUAUCCAGGCGCCGAGUAUGUCUGUAUGAAGCAAAGUACACUCGCGGCUUGCCGCCCACGCCUCCUCCGUCGUUGGAUGUUAGCCACCGGUGGUCUGCAGGAAGCAGCAGAGCUUCUCUGACCGAGACUUUUGCUAUACCUGACGCCACGGGCUUUAUAUCAAGCACUGGCGCAACUCCAAGCGACGAUGUGCCGUUGGAUCGGCCUUCACAAUCGUCAGGAGGACCUGUUGCUCUCUCCCGGGCCUCCCCAGAGCUGGGAAUGGCGGAGAUACAGGGACAGGUGUUUGAUCCAACAUCGAGUCUCGCGUUUCUUCAUCGGGCCUCACAUCGUCUCUCGGCUCAUGGAAGCAGUCAAGGCAUUGAUGACUCGCGGUCAAUGGCAGAGAAACAACUGGUAUUCAUGGCCGGAGACAAGCCGUUGGCGACUGAAGACGGUGGACCUGAACGGCAGCCCACCCUACCAGAUCCAGAGGACGCCAGAGCUCUCUUGACACUGUACUUUGACGUCUGUAUUGCGACUUACCGUAUCUUGCACCGUCCAUCCACGGAGUUAUGGUUAAGCACUAUGGAGAGCAAUUUGAGAAACGGCAUGCCGGUAUGGCAGACAGUUGGCCCUGCUAAGGCAGCCAUCAUAUACGCAGUACUCGCAAGUGCUAGGUUUCACCGGGAGAAGUCCAAGGGGUAUCCUAUCAAGGAUUGUCAGGCCCUCCGGCUAGGUGAUCAUCUGUUUCGCUUCUCGAUGCGACUCACAGAGCUGGAGAAGGGAUACCCCAGAUUGGAGUCAGCUCAAGCCCGCAUAGUCCAAGUAUUGUACUUGUUGACAACCUCACGCUUCAAUUACAGCUGGUACAUAUUUGGCAACGCGCUGCAGCUUAUAUCGGCGCUCGGCUUGCAGCGUCGCGCAGAUUGGAGGAGGAGGCACAAGUCGGCGGCCGAUUACAUUGAGAAGCAGUGUUCUCUCAGAACAUUUUGGACUGCGUACAUUCUCGACAACUACCUCGGAGUAGUAUUUGGACGGCCGCGCCACUUUCACGACGACAACAUCGAUCAGGACCUGCCUGACCGGAUCAACGACGAAAACAUGUCAGCAGAUGGUCCUAUAAGCGAUUCCGAUGAUCGCCGCGGAUGCAAUACUGACGCCUUGGUCUUUCACACGCGAAUUGCCAAGAUAAUCGGGACUAUAUCACAAGAAAUCUACACAGCCAAGCAUUCUUCUGAAGUGGAGAGAAUAGCCGCAGCCAAAGGCUUGACACAGCAGAUUCGCGACUGGCGUCAAAGUCUCCCGACUCAUCUAGGCUCAGUCAAUCCCAUGAUGUUGAUCCCUAGCUACCGGAGACCGGCCCUGGCUCUUGGACUCGCUCACUCGCACGCCAUCAUGCACGCCAAUCGUCUGUUUCUCAUGCGCUCCCCCGCAUCAGCCUACGUGACGCAAGUCAGCGACUGUAUCAGGGCUGCCAAAGACGUGCUCGAGGCGGUGGACGGUAUGGCUCGUGGAUGUCCCAUGUUUCACGCCUUUUGGUGGACUCACUACGUGACAUUCUGCGCACUUGUGGUCACUUACGUAUGGGCGAUGCAGCAACACCGCAUGGGCGCUACGGACGAUCCGGGUUAUCGAACGCGGUUGAUGCAGCUGGCAGAGAGUUGUCAUGGCCAUCUUGCUCAAGCGACUGCUUCAAACUCCCCUAGUCGACGGUACGCAGUCAUACUAGAAGGGUUCAGGGCGGCUGCUAUGGCGCAGUCGACUCCGCAGCAUUCAAGGUCACAUUACACGGCAUCAAACGAGCAUCAAGUGGACCAAAGUAUGUGCACUCCAAUGAUAGACUCUGAUGACGGCGCCGGCUUCCCUUCAUUGGCUCAGAGCAACUUGGCUGCAGAUAUGCCCACGUUUCUUGACUGGCAACUGACAGACUGGCUGGAUCUAGACUCAUCUGCCUUUUGGUUAAGCUUCAACCCAGAUGAAGUCGUCAUAUCACCGGAAGGAGGGCAGACUAGGUACCAGCAAAGCUAUACAUAG